AUGUCACUUGGAAUAAUGAAGAAUAUGAAUUACUAUCUAAUAACUAGUUUUAUAUUAUUGAAUAAUGGUUUAUCAUUUAAAACAAAUACGAUUGAUAAUGUCAACAAUAUUCAUCUACAAUCAUCAAUAGAAAAUACCAUGAUUAAUAAUAAUAAUAAUUCUAAUCUUGUUCAUACUGAUUUACAUAAUGAUAAAACAAUAACAUGUUUAUCGGAUAAUCCAAUUGUCCAUACAUCUGUUGGAAUCUAUUGUGGAUUACGUGAAAUAGUUCAUUGGCCUAAUGGACCAGCAUCAAUGGUUGAUGUUUAUUAUGGUAUACGUUAUGCUCAAUCACCUACUGGUUCAUUACGUUUUAAAAAACCUGUAGAACCUAUUCCUGAACCAAAGAAAAUUUUUAUGGCUGAUAAAUUACCUUCUACUUGUCCACAACCAAAAGAUACAAUGUUUCAAAAUUCAGCGGCAGCUAGAAUGUGGGUACCAAAUACACCAAUGUCAGAAGAUUGUCUUUUCUUAAAUAUUUGGGUACCUUUAAAAGAAUCGAAUAGUAGCCAUUCGAAUUCAAAAGAAAAACUUGCAGUUAUGUUAUGGAUAUACGGUGGUAGCUUUUAUAUGGGAACAGCAACAUUGAGCGUAUAUGAUGCGAGAUUUUUAGCUGCUAGACAAAAUAUUAUUGUUGCAUCAAUGAAUUAUCGUUUGGGUUCAUUUGGUUUCCUUUAUAUGAAUACAGAAGAAGCACCAGGUAAUAUGGGUCUUUGGGAUCAACGUUUAGCUAUGAAAUGGAUUAAAGAUCAUAUUGAAAAUUUCGGCGGUGAUCCACAUCGUAUCACUCUUUUUGGUGAAUCAGCUGGAGCUGUAAGCGUGAGUACACAUGUCGUCAGUCCAUGGUCUCAUUCAUAUUAUAACAAUGCAAUAAUGCAAUCUGGUUCAAUUUUUAGCAACUGGGGUCUUGCAACUAGUGAAGUAUCACUAAAUCAAACACAAAGACUUGCAAAAAUUCUUGGCUGUGGAUAUCGAUCAUCAAUGGAUCAAAUUAAAUGUUUACGAUCAAAAUCAAUUAAAGAAAUAUUAGAUGCACAUGAUACAAUGUAUGAUCCAGCUAGUUAUUUCUCUGUACCAUUUCCACCUGUAUUAGAUAAUAAUUUUUUUCCAUAUGAGAAUAGUCAAUCAUUUCGUCAAUUAAAAUAUCUUAAACCAUCCGGUGCUUUAAUGUUUGGUAUUAAUAAAAAUGAAGGUAGUUAUUUUCUGUUAUAUGCAUUUGUAUCUAAUUCAAAAUGGAUGAAAAAUUUAACUGAUUUACCAAUUACAAAUCGUAUGGAUUAUUUAAGAUGUCUUCGACAAGUUCUAGAUCUUGAUGAUGAUGAUCGACCAGAAUUUACAGAACCAUUAAUACGUUAUACAGAUUUUGAAUAUCAAACAUAUCAACAAUUGCCUACCCUUGAAAGUUGGACUGAAAGACUAGAAGAAAUCAGUAGUGAUAGAAGUUUCAAAUGUCCUACGAUCAAUAUGGCAACUGCAGUAACUAAUGAUUAUCGUAUACCAGGUCGACGUCGUGCUCAUACGCUUCCUGUAUAUUUUUAUGAAUUUCAACAUAGAACACUUUCAUUACCAAUGCCUAAAUGGACUGGUACAAUGCAUGGUUAUGAAAUUGAAUAUGUUUUUGGUAUUCCAUUUAGUCCUCAGUUUCAAGCUAGCUUUUAUCGAUUCACUGAUGAAGAACGUCAACUCAGUGAUAUUAUGAUGACGUAUUGGGCUAACUUUGCACGCACAGGGGAUCCUAAUAUUUUACCAGAUGGUCGACACGUGACUGAUAAUGUAAAUCCAGAAGAUCCAGAUGAAAUAACUGGAGGUGAGUUAGAAGAUUCACUGAAUCAUAAACAAGGGCGUAAAAAUCCAUUCAUUGGAUGGCCUGAAUUUCGAAAUAGUACAAAGGCCUACAUCGUUUUUCGUUCAGCUCCGGCAAACCUUCUCGUUAGCACAAGACCACGUCACCGUCAAUGCUUGUUUUGGCGUCGUUGGUAUCCGGCGUUACUACAACAAGUUGAGCGCAAUCGCCAGCAUUGUUUAGGUGUGUAA